ACGUUGGCAUUGUUCUUCCGGUAUUGGAAGGUGACGUUAGCUGUAAUUGUUAGUUCGUACGUAUUUGUAGUAAUUGGUCGCGAUUGGGCUCGUGUUGUGCUAGUAGCCUUGGUAUCUGGCGUAUGUAGUUUGUCGUGUUGGCCUGAAUUAGAUAAAACGUGUGCUUCUGGUUGCUGGGUGUCUGGUGAUUUAUUCACGAACAUGGCAUUAAAAGGCAGGAAAUCUUCCAGCAAAAAUCCACCAAUUUUAAGUCACGAAUUUGUUAUUCAGAACCAUGCAGAUAUUGUAUCAUGUAUUGCCAUGGUAUUUGUGCUUGGACUUAUGGUCCAGGUAACAUCACCUUUUGCAUACAUGUUUAUUGCUGUUCAUCACAAUGUAACUAGGGAACAGAAUAGUGCAAUAAGUGAGGCACCUGAAAUAAUACGCUACACCUAUGGUUGGAAGGAUGUUUGUGCUGUAUUCUUUUAUUUCCUCAUCUGCAUUGUGAUGCAUGCCAUCAUUCAAGAAUAUGUUCUCGAUAAAAUCAGCCGUAAGCUGCAUCUAUCAAAGGCGAAGCAUAGCAAGUUCAAUGAGUCUGGUCAACUUCUUGUAUUUUAUCUGAUGUCAGUUCUCUGGAGUGGAGAUGUAAUAUUCAGGGAGAACUAUGUCUUGAAUAUCUCAUCUUUAUGGGAAGGUUAUCCUCAUAAUGAGAUGGUAUUCAUGUUUAAGUUCUUUUUUAUUGUUCAGCUGUCAUAUUGGCUACACUGUUACCCGGAACUGUACUUUCAGAAGACAAAGCGUGAAGAGAUGCCAGCUCGCAUAACGUAUGCAACUCUUGGACUGGUGUAUAUCCUUGGUGCUUAUCUCCUGAACUUCUCCCGUGUUGGUAUCUGCCUUCUGGCUCUGCAUUACACAUCAGAAGCUCUGUUCCAUGCUACAAGGCUCAUCUAUUUCCUUGACAAGAGUGAAAAUGGCAGUAAAGCUGGAUACCUUGUAGCAAAUGCAGUUUUUGUGCUGGUUCGCCUGGGUUCUAUCAUUCUGUCCGUCCUUACGUUCUGGUAUGGUUUGUCUCUGAGUGAUAGGCAGGGUCUGGACAUUGAAAGUGGCAAUUUCAACACUCAGAUCAUUAGAAUAGCAGCACUUGCAGCUGUUUGCCUGCUUCAGGCCUGGCUUAUGUGGAAUUUCAUCACAUUCCACCUGAAGAGAAUGAGGGAGCAGGCACCAGUGCAGCCCGUUGCUCGUAAACCAAAACAAGAGAAGAAGUCUGCCUCCAAGAAGAGGAAGGAAGAACAUAAACGUAGUGUAGAAGAUGAUGAGCUGCCAGAAGUGGAUCAGAACACGAAGAAGUCAUUGCGAUCUCGCACUUCUGCUGGAAAGUCAAAGUGAGAAGCAUGAAGAUGUGCUUAGAAAGAAGAUUAUCUUGAAGAGUUUUGUCUUCUGGGAUGUAACACCAUGUAGUCCAUUGAAAGUGAACCAAUGUUCCUGCAAAACUUCAGGUGACUUUCAAUGGACUACAUGGUGUUACAUCCCAGAAGACAAAACUCUUCAUAACCACUGCUGUGGGAACUUCAAAUCCUACAGAAUUACCAUGGAUCCCAGUAUUUCAUGCAACUGAUUAAAGUAGUGCCAUUUAUAGUUAGGAAACAUCAGUACACAAAUGAUGAUUGCAUCGUGACAUGUCCUUUGAUGAGAACUGAGGAGUGUCACUUUUAAAUAUUGCUGUAAAUUGUCAGAGAAGAUGGUAAUUUGAGAUUUACAGCCCCUGUACAUGUAUAAAGUACUUCUCUGUCCCUAAAUUUGUAGGAUUUUUAGCCACAGUACAUUUUGAACCUGUAAUUUGUGUGGUUUUAAUUGAUUAACUUUAGAAGAUAAGUUUGUCAUUACUCAUUCUGAUUUAUGGUUGUUGGUACCCCCUUCCUCUGCAAGUUCCUGUUGUGCAUGUAAAACAGUGGGCAUAACAAUUUAAUUAUGUGUAGAUUCUACAUAAAAAUUACUUGAAAUGUUAACUUACUUUCCUACUUUUCCAAUUACUGUCACUAAACCGUAUUAAUUAGUGUGUAUAUAUUUUUGCUGCAACAAAUUUGCAACACACAUGUACAUUGUUCAUAUUUAUGAUGGGAGAAAAUGUAUACAUAAGCUUUUGUGGUUCUGGAUUAAUUUAUGUGACCUGCAAGAUACUCAGUUGUAAAGAAAUAAAGAUACACAUACUGUAGUUCUUCAUAUGACAUAUGAAUUUUGUAUCCAUGAACUGAAAGCUAUGUUUGGCAUGAAGAAGUAUUUAAGGAGAUAGUGGAUUUAUGGACAUUUGUUCAGCUUUCUUGAUCCAUCCUGUUGUCAACAAAAAUGGACUCUUAUAUAUGUAAAUACAGUAAAAGUAAAGGUAAACUUGUU